UGACUCAAGAACAUUACUUUUUCCCUCUAAGUCUAAAUAAAACAACUUGCUCUCUCUCUACUUUUGAUCUACUCUUUCUUUCUUUCUUUCUCUCACAAACAAACACACCAAAAUACAGUUUUGACAUCUUGUCUGAAAACUCUAUAAUCCUUUUUCAUUUUUCUUUUGUACAUAGCAAAAACAGAGGAAACAGAGCAUCAUCAACCAUGGCUGCCAACAAGUUUGCAACCAUGUUACACAGAAACACCAACAAAAUCACCCUUGUUCUAGUUUAUGCAAUCCUUGAAUGGAUUCUGAUAAUCCUUCUUCUUCUAAAUUCUCUUUUUUCAUAUUUGAUCAUAAAGUUUGCUGAUUAUUUUGGCCUAAAAAGACCCUGCAUGUGGUGUGCAAGAAUUGAUCAUAUCAUAGAGUCUGAAAAAAACAUGAAUCCUUGUAGAGAUCUUGUGUGUGAAGCUCAUGCUGUUGAGAUUUCCAAAUUGGUUUUCUGUUCCAAUCAUCACAAACUAGCUGAAUCAGAUGACAUGUGUGAGGAUUGUUCAUCUUCAUUUUCAUUCAAACCAAAUUAUGUUAAAGUUUCUCAAAGUUUAGAUGUUUUUCCAUGGAUGAAGGAAAUAGAUAUGAUUAAUGGUGCUGAUGGAAAGGGAAUUGAGAAAGUUGAAGAGGGUUUGGGAUGUUCUUGCUGUGGUGUUAACUUUGAUAACAGAUUCUACCCUCCUUGCAUUGUUAUUGAUCAUUCUAUGAACAUUUUGGAUUAUGAACAGAACUCACAGAAGCAGAACAUGAUCAAAGAAGGUGAUCAUCAGUCAGAUCAAAGCAGAUCAUAUUUUACACUUGAUCAUCAUGAAAAUCAACAGAACAUUGAAGAAAACAGUGGAAUCCAUAUGUUGUUUGAGGUUGAACAUGAUCCAGGUACAAAAAAAGAGGAGGUAGAAGAGAACUGUGCUUGUUCUGUUUGUGAUGGUGUCAAGGAAACUAUGGUUGAUGAUCUUUACAAGCUUGAAUUUGGUGUAAUUAAAGGGAAUGAAACCUUGGAAGAGGAAACUUUGAGAUUGAAUGUUCCAAAGUCUCAGGAUGAUGAUCAAGCUUGUGACAAGACUACUGUUGAAGUUGAGAAAACUGAGGAAAUUCCACCCAAACAUCUUGAAUUUUUCAUUCAUGGUGAUGAUUGCAGUUUGAUUCCUGUUGAAUUGGUUGAAUCCACUGCCACAGAAAAUGGAAAUCAAAGUAGAUGUGAUAAGGUGGUGGAUGAAGGGUUUAAGGAGAGUGAAGAUUUUAUUCUGGAUUUUGGCAUGAGUACUCAUGCAGAAGCUGAACCAUUAAUUGAGAAUUGGCACAUUUCUGGUGAUAUUGUGGCAGAAUUUUCAUGUCAAGAGAAUAAAAAUGUUUCCAAGGUCAAUGAGGUUGAAUCAGAUCAAUUGAAUUAUCAAGAUGUGAGGUUUUCUAAAAUAGAUGAAGAAUUCAAUAAGGAUGAUAAUGUUGAAGUAAACAUGGAAAGAAUGAUGAAUGGAUAUUUUGAUGGAGAACUAGGUUCAUAUGUUUCUCUAGCUUCUGAUGAUGCAUCACAAACUCAAGGUGAGGAGGAAUAUGAAGCAGAAGUAUCAAUUGGAACUGAAAUUCCUGAUCAAGAACAAAUGGAUGAGUAUCAAGGCGAAGAUAUUCUUUCGGAUGCAAAUCAAAGAAUGCAAGAAGAUUCAUCUACUAACUCAGUCAGGUUUAAUGCCCAACAUGAUAGUGGUCAUGACAGAGAUGAAGAAGAGUUUGUAGAAUUUACAACCAUGUCACUUGAAUUAAGAAUGCCAACAGCAAGUGGCCAUAUGCCUUCAUCUUUGGAGCUUAAUGAGAACGAAGAGGAAAAAAUUCCUGACACACCGACUUCUCCGGAGAGUCUUCAUCAACUGCAUAAGAAACUACUUUUUCUUGAGAGGAAAGGGUCAGGAACAGAAGAUUCAUUGGAUGGAAGUGUAAUAGGCGACAUAGAAUGUGGUGACGUAACCUUCGAGGAGUUAAAGUCCGAAUUGAAAUCCGAAAGGAAAGCUUUGAAAACACUAUAUGCAGAACUAGAAGAAGAAAGAAAUGCAUCUGCUGUAGCAGCCAAUCAAACAAUGGCAAUGAUUAAUAGGCUUCAAGAAGAGAAAGCAGCAAUGCAGAUGGAAGCUUUGCAGUAUCAGAGAAUGAUGGAUGAACAAUCCGAGUACGAUCAAGAGGCUAUGCAGAUUUUGAAUGAUCUUAUAUUGAAGAGGGAGAAAGAGAAGCAUGAGCUAGAAAAAGAGCUUGAAGUAUAUAGAAAAAAGGUUCAUGAGUAUGAGGUAAGAGAAAAGAUUUUGUCAAGAAGAGAUAGUAGCAUAAGAAGCAGAACUUCAUCUCCUUCUUGUAGCAAUGCCGAGGAUAGUGAUGGGUUGUCUAUUGAUUUCAAUCAAGAGUCAAAAGAAGAAAAUGGUUUUCAUAGCAACCAGAACACUCCUGUAGAUGCUGUGUUAUAUUUGGAGGAAUCAUUGUCAAAUUUUGAGGAAGAGAGGUUAUCAAUACUAGAACAGCUGAAAGUAUUGGAAGAAAAGCUAAUUAUAUUGAAUUAUGAAGAUGAAGAACACUGCUUCGAUGAUACUGCUUCGAUAGAACAUUUUCGUGAAGAGAACGGGAAUGGAUAUCAUAAUCACGAUCAUGACGAUCAUGAUGAUUUCCAAGGUCAUGUAAAUGGAUUUGCAAAUGGUAAUGGAAAGCAUCAUCAAGGAAAGAAAGUCUUGGCUACUAAAGCAAAGAGGCUUCUACCACUUUUUGAUGCAAUCAGUACCGAAGAAGAUGUAGAGUUAAGUGGAGAUGAAGAUGAAUUAGACUUUUCUCAGUUGCAAAAUGUUUCAGCUGAAAAGACCAAUUUGGAUAAGAAAAAGGUUGGUUUAGAAGAGGAGGUGGAUCAUGUUUAUGAGAGACUACAAGUUUUGGAGGCAGAUAGAGAGUUUCUAAAGCAUUGUAUCAGCUCAUUGAGAAAAGGGGAUAAAGGGUUAGAUCUUCUUCAAGAAAUUUUACAACAUCUACGCGAUUUGAGGAAUGUGGAGCUCAGAGUCAGGAACAUAGGAGAUCUUGCGGUGUAAAAUGUCUACAUGUUAAACUCUACCAAAGAUAUGACAGAUUGUAGUUGAUCCACAUGCUGCAAACCAAGCACACAUGAGAAGUUUGCACCAAUGCAGUGCUUUACAUAUAUACACAAGACAACAAUGCAUGCAUCAUUCCAAUUUUAACAAAAAAAGACAAUGGGAGAUCCCUAAUGGAGAAGGGAGAAUCCUUGUAGCAUGAUCUGUUUGAUACAAUAUGGUGGACAACAAAAAUUAAGUCUGCCUUUUGAUAUUUUUUGUUUCAUUUUCUUUGUCCAAGUGGGCCCAAAUUUUUGUGGGUUGUGUUCAUCAUGAUUACCUUUAUGAAAAAGGAGGAUGAUGAGCAUAUGUGUGUGUAGGGUAGUGAGUUGAAGAGGCCAUGCUGUCACUUGUAUUUUAUGAGGAAAUUAAGACCUGGCUUGCAAAGCUGGAGAAAACCAUAAAAAAUGAUUCCAGUGCCAGGUGCAUAGAAUUUUGUUUAUUAGAGAGACAGAAUUAGGGCCACUAGUUUUGUCAUUUUUUUUUUUUUUUACAUUAUUUUUUUGAGGUAAGAGUGAAAAUUGAGGUAAGUAGCCUCUUUCUCAUCUUUUGUAUUAUUAUUGCAUCCUAUGAGGUUUUUUUCUUUCUCAAGACAAAAAAAGCUGAGUCACUUGUAUACUACAUGUAUGUACUGUAUUCAUUUGUAAUUAUUAUAAAAAAAAAAAAAGUGAGUGUUUGUUUAUA